GAGCGAACAAUAAUGAGUGUGGAGGAGAGGGAGGAAAAAUUGAUAGAGCGAGAGAGAGCAGGAGAAAACGAAGGGAGGGAGGGAGUGGGAUAUUUUUGAGCUCAGGGCCGGGGAUUAAACGGUCGAGAACAGUCCCAAUACGAUGACAGUACGCACCACACCGUCCGGGACACGUAUUCUACCGAUUCCGACAAGCUAUUCUGUCUGCUCUCUCUCUUUAGUCACUUCAUUGGGCCCUCCCGGUUCACAACCCUGGUCUGUCUCUUUCUGUAGAACACGAGGUCACAGUUGUAAAUGAGAACUUGUCCUCAACUAGCCUACCUGCUUAAAUAAAGGUGACUACGGGUAUUGAAAAGUCUGAUUGGUUCUGAUGAUCACAGGGGCCCUCCUCCACCUCUUCUCGGCUAAUCCUGAUGGGACUCCGGAGCUGAUGUCACAGAAGGCAAGAGGGUUUUCCUGUUCGGGAAUCCAGAAGAGACAAUCCAUACCACGUUAAAUGGAGGAGAAGGAGAGGAGUAGGAGCCGGUCUCCGUCUCGUAGCCGUAGGGCCAGCCGGGUGCAGCAGGUGGUGGGCACGUUGAUCAGACGCACCCGAGAAUCACUCAGCAGAGAGCGGAUCCUUGGCGAUGGGAGGUCCAACCGGUCAGCCAGCGUGUCCAGUCAGAACUUCCCGGUGAGGCUAACGGUUCAGAUCGUCAGAGACCCGGUGUUGGACUCCAGAGGUCAUGGGUUCACCCUCUCCAAACAGCACCCCCUGCUGGUCAGGGACGUGGCUACAGGUGGCCCAGCGGAUGGCAUACUGUACCCUGGAGACCAGGUGUUACAGAUCAAUGACCUGGUGGCAGAUGAUCUCAGCUUUGAACAGCUGCAAGACGUCACGAGGGACUUGGAGGAUUCUGUCACAAUGACAAUCUUAAGGCACAUGACAGGUCCUAAGUCGUCCAUCAUGUCGGCGGAGAAGAGGGCUCGUCUGAGGAGUAACCCGAUCAAAGUGCGCUUCGCAGAGGAAGUGGUCGUUAACGGUCACACUCAGGGAAACUCUCUUCUGUUCCUGCCCAACGUUCUGAAGGUCUACCUGGAGAACGGACAGACCAAGGCCUUCAAGUUCGACGCCACCACCACCAUCAAGGACAUUGUUCUGACCCUGAAGGACAAGUUGUCCAUCUGCUGCAUUGAGUACUUUGCUCUGGUGCUGGAACUGCAAUAUAGCAUCACCAAGCUACUGCUCCUGCACGAGGACGAGCUUAUACACAAGGUGGUGCAGAAGAAGGAGAACAGCAGCCAUGACUACAAGUGUCUGUUCAGGGUGUGUUUCAUUCCCAGAGACCCCCUGGAUCUGCUACAGGAAGACCCAACCGCCUUCGAGUACCUCUUCCUGCAGAGCGUCGGGGACGUUCUACAGGAGAGGUUUGCGGUGGAGAUGAAGUGUAACACUGCACUGCGUCUGGCUGCCCUGCACAUGCACGAGAGACUGAACAGUAUAGGCUCCACCCGGACCUCUAUCAGGAGCAUCACGAAAGAGUUUGGUCUGGACAGCUUCAUCUCUCCCACUCUGCUCAGUAACAUGAGAGAGAAGGACCUGAGGAAAGCCAUCAGCCACCACCUCAAGAAGAUCCAGUCACUGCUGGAGCCACGACAGAAGGUUAUCUCAGCCACUCAGGCCCGGCUGGCCUACCUCACCCAGCUUGGAGAACUAAUCUCCUACGGAGGCCGCUCCUAUACGGCCACCAUGAUGCUGCAGGACCGGGAGGUGCUGGUCAGUCUGUUGGUGGGAGCGCGCUACGGCCUGAGUCAGGUGGUCAACCACAAGCUCAACAUGGUGUCCACCCUGGUAGACUUCAGCAGCAUCAGUAGAGUGGAGCUGCUCUCUGAGUCAGACAGAGUCAGCCUGCUACGUAUCUCACUGCAUGACAUCAAGCCUUUUGCCUUACUGAUGGACUCUCUGGCAGCCAAAGAUUUGGCGUGUCUACUGGGGGGCUAUUGCAAGCUCCUGGUGGACCCCAGAGUGUGUGUGUUCCGUCUGAGACGCCCCAAGGUGCGGGUGCACAGGAUACCUGCUGAGGAAGGCUAUGUGUCCCGCUGCUGUAGUGACUCCGAUGACUCGUCAGACGAGGACUACCCCACCGAGCCUCCGCCAAUGCACACCCGCAAACGCCCCGCACCCGCCAGCAAAGACAGGGAGGGUUGGAGGAGAGAAGAAGAGGAGCAGAGAGGAGCGGAAGGAAAAAAAGAGAGAGCUGAGAAAGAAUAUGAAGAGAAACAAGAGGUGAUGAUCAUUGAGCUGUCAGAGAAGGACAUGGAAGUCGAGGAAGAGAACGGAAGGGAAGUGAGAGGAAGAGAGAUCAUGCUAGGAAUUAAAGCUAACGCAGGAACAGUGGAACAGGACAACUGGUACUGCACAGAGCCGCGGGCCAACAGUAGCUUCUCCAGCCUGUCCAGCUGCUCUCUGAGGGCGGCCUUGGAGGAGAGCAGCCUUGCAGCUGCAGCCAGAGGAGGAGGCCCAGCCAAGGCCUCCUCUUGCUUGGUCGCCCUGCGUGAGGACAGCCCCUCUCUCCGGUCCCAACGUCCAACUCAGGGGACCACCACCCUGGAUGUCCACCACCCGUUCCUCCUGGAGGUCACAGCUCCCUCUCCUCAGCGUCAGAGAGAGGGUGCCGCCGGCAGCCGGGUGCCGUCUGCCCCCGUACGCCCCACCAACCUGAGUUACCGCAGCAACGACAGCCCGUGCCUGUGCUUCACUGAACACUCCAAGGGCAGCUAUCUCCCCAGCCCCCCCGAGGCCACCAGCGACGAGGAGGAGACAGAGGAAGUUGACGACGAUGAGGAGGAACUAAGACGGCUCUCUAAGAUCCCAAGUCACGUAGACCUGCGCCUCAUCGACAAGAUCUGCGCCCAGUCUAACAAAACUGCUUCCAAAAACAAGUUAGACAUCCCCAGAGUCAUCCCCAUCCACAUCUCCUCCUGUGAAAAGAAGGCGGCUUGUAGCUCCACCCACAAAGGGGAGGAGCGUCUAUCAAGUUACUCUGGAGAUUGCGGACCUUUCCUAACGCCGUCCCCUAACCCUCCUCCUCCUGUUGCUAGGGAAAGUGCCUCAGAGUCAGACGAUGAGUUCUUCGAUGCCCAGGAGCGGUUCACUCCUCCAGUUCCUCCUGAUGGCACAGAAAACAGUUUGGAUGUGGCUGACAAUAAGAGACACCGUAAACGCUGGAGUGGCACAGGAAAUGGACUGCCAGUGGUACCAGAGAGGGAGCCUCCCUCACCCCUCAAAAAGAAGCACUCCUCACCUGACCACAAGAAACAGCAGGAGACCCAACGAGACCCAAAGCUCCACUCAAACCAGUCUUCCAUGCAGAGUGUCGAUGCCAAGACCAAACCUCCACCAUUGGCCCCCAAGCCCCAGCUACCCCCAAAACCUGAACUGGCCCCCAAGCCCCAGAUAGACCCCCAGAGGUCUCCCAAGUGUGGGGGUCCGUACGCCCACUGUAACGGGGAUGCUCGUGGGGGCCACGCGGGGCUCUUGGAGAUAGACACCAUGGAGCCGGAAACGAUGGAGUUUAAAUCAGUCACCUCGGGGGCGGGGGGGCCUCCACUCUCCUCCCCCCUCAUCACAGCUGUAAGGAAGAACCAGCAACCCCCUGCUGAACCUCAGGCUGUGGAGAACGGGCUUAGGCAAGAGAACGGGCCUAAGAUAGAGAACAGUUCUAAGCAAGAGCACAGUUCUAAGAUAGAGAUCAGGACUCCUAACGUGCUUCCUAAAGAUUGUGUUCUGGUCACUGCUGACAAGCAGACAGCGAGUGUUGAAACUAAAACAAAUAGGAUUUCCCUGCCGAAGGGAGAGGUCCGAAAUGGUGUUGGGGUGGACCCCACGAGAAAGCUGCAAAGCUUAUCCCCCAUUCCACGUUCGGCUUCAGGAGAUGAGAUCAGGUUGAGCCUUACCAGCCCUCCACCACUCUCUCCCAGAACCUCCCCUCCUCCUCUUCAUCCCCUAACAGUCCUCCCCAUCCCGGUCUCACUGAUGGAGAAGGAGGGGGUGUCCCCACCGAACGGCCUCCACCCCUGGGGCAGCCGCAAUGGGAGCGCUCAGUCCGGGAGGAGGGUCUCUCUGAGUCACGAGAACCUGUCCCCCAAAAAUGCAGACGGCCCCCUCAGUCUGACCACCUCCCUCACCACCUCCUCUAAAGGGACAGCAGGAAUCCCAGAGAGCACAGGGAGGUCAGGGUCAGGUUCAGACCUGAGGGUCAGUUCUUCCAGCCUGGGGGGCCGUCUGCCUACCUCAGCCCUGAGAGGGCGGAUCCAGGCCCUGCCCUGGUACAUGACCCGCUCCCAGGAGAUCCUGGGUACUCUGGACUACCCCUCCACCAGCUCUGUCAACGAGGAUGUCACAUCUGGGUACGGCUCCGGUCUGUCGGUCAGCGGAGCCUCCGAGGUCAGCAAGGUCACUGCCAAGGCAGUAGGUGAGACUGCAGCGGGUAAAGGGAAGAAGGAAGUGCUGGAGGAUGGAGCCGAGGUUGUCAUAGCAACCAUCAAAGAGUUCCAGGAAGUGACUCCCCGUGUGAAGGAGACCAAUGGGACGAACGUGUCGCACCCCAACCAGACCCUGAGAGAAAAUGGGGCGCACGUCUCUGAGCCCUAUGGGUUUCGGGGCUCCUGCAAGUCGGAGCAGCCCCAGUCCAGGCCCCACUCAGAGGUGGGGUUAGGGGGUGGUUCAGGCCCACCCCUAGAGGGGGACUCUCUGGUGCACACCCCUCCACAGGCCCACCGCGAGGCGUGUGGGUGCCGUACCGUCUACGCCAACUGUUUCAGCGGCGACGUGGAGGACGGCUGCGGCUUUGACGAGGAGCUCACAAUCUACGAGUUCUCCAAACGCACGCGCCCCAAACAAGCCCGCUCUACACCCCUGCCCUCCCCCACCUCCCCUGUCCCCUCCCCUAACAUCCUGUCCCUGCUGAGGGACACCCCUCGCCCUCUCUCUACCCUCUCCACUGCCUCCUCAGAAAUUAGCCCCCUCCUGUCCCGCCCUGUCUCCCCAACACCCCCUAUAGGCGCCCUGAGCUCCCUCACCAACAAACGCUACGUGGGGCUGAAGGGUGGCUUUGCCUCCCUGAGGCAGGACAUCGAUCAGCUACGCCUGGUUCUGGAGAGAGGCACGGCUGGGCCACCACCAUCAUCAGAACCCUCUAAAACAGACCAGGAUGGGUGUGGAGAAGAGGGACCCAACCAAGACGUGGGGCAAGAGGAUGGUCCGACCCCGUGCUGUGGAGGGGCAAGUCCUCUGCCCUUGACAGAGGCUGAGAGGAGUUUACUCCAGGCAGAGGCCCGGCGGUUGGCAACAGGGUGCCAGCGUGCCACGCGUGUGGGCUGGGCUCCGGAGGAGGCGCUUCGGUCCUUAUCCAACAGCUUUAGUGCCCUUGUGCAGCUCUCUGCAGCCUGCCUGAGAACACACCCCUGUCCUGGCUGUGACAUCUGCCUCAAUAGGGGUCAGAUCCACAGCACUGAUGAUGAGGGCCAGGAGGAGGCUCUGGACAAGCUGAAGGAGAUCGUAGGGCUGUACCGGGAGUUUGUUGGGGCUGUGGAGGCGGCUGAAACCAGGGCUGGGGCUGGCGGUGGGUCUGGGGAUGGACAGAGGCAGGGAGAGGGCGAGGGGGUCAGGCUGCUGGCCAAACGCUGCACGGUGCUCAUCUCUUCCGUCUUUGCGCUCACGCAGCUGUUCAGGAUGCACUCGCCGGACACGACAGACCUGCUGGGUCAAACACCUCUCCACUUUUGACCUCUGAACUUUUAAAACCCCUUCUCACCACCAGGACUGAGGUGAGAUGAGGACUUAGUAAGAGAAGGGAGGAGGAUGAAGAGCUGUUGACACGAUUCUUUAGCAAAGUGGGAUCUGGUGUGUGGCCCUACAUACAGUACAGUACAUACACACUUGUACAGUAAGUGCCAUGCACACCACAGCACACAGAAUAAACACACACACCACACACACAUCCAUAAAUGAUGAGAGGAACCUCUUCCACUGACUGCCAUUACUGCUAGGUCUCCCGAUAGACUCAUCUGGAUUAUGCAUUUGUACAUAUGUAUUUUAUAACUAUCUAUCUUAUUUUAUUAUUAUAUUCUGUAUGUGUAUGUAUGAAAUAUGUAUGUACGUAUUUAAGUAUGUUUGCACCAUGGUCUAUGUGAAGGGACCUGCUGGUGUAAGACCCCGUGGUUAUCACUGGAUUUUGUAUAUAUUGUUUUUAUCAUGUGUGAUUUUCUACCUCCACCCACCUCCCUUCCUCUGACCUGGUGUCUGCUGAGGAGACGAGAGAGCAUGACUUUAUCUUCGAGAGAGCAUGACUUUAUCUUCGAGAGAGCAGGACUUUAUCUUCGGCUUAUUUAAUGAUUCUGUGGAUCCAGUUAAAGUUCAAAUCUGUCAUUUAGAUUUGUCCAUUGGGGGGAAAACUUUUUUCGGCCUAACGGUAAAUCACAAACUUUUACAUUUGCCGAGACCCACCCCAUUCAGUUUACAAACAAAUGCAAAGGGAGCACUAUUGACCGUGAAGGAAAGUUACACUUUGCAGAAGUUACAGAAAUGAACCCUGUGAAAAGUGUACACCGUUUCUGGCUCCUGACUGACAACUGCUUGAACUGAGUAAAAACUCAAUAACCCAAAUGCUUAUGCAGUAAUUAUACCGUACAUCAACUUUGAAUCUAAAGGAUACAUGUAUUUUUCUGGGGUGGGUUGCGUGGGUGGUGGAAUAGGGGUAAGGAAUUAAUUUGGUAUUUUGUACAACGUUUUUGACAAGGCUGACUGUUAAACCUAACUAGAUGUAGCAAUGAUCCAAAGUAAUUUAACAACGAGCCACAAUUUUACUUCUUGCCCAUGUUUAGCUCGGCAGAUGGACGGACUGACUGAUUCUGUUGGUGCCAGAGCUGUUGAUAGAUAUACAUGUAUAUCUAUGUUUGUGUUAGUUUGAUUCUAUCUGUCCUUCAUUAGUUUAUGGCUAUGCAAACAUAACCACUACUUCCCUGUUCUCCAACAUAUCACUCCCUGUUACAAUUGUGUUAACGUUAAGGACAAGAAUACCUGUAUAUGUUUUCUCGCCAUUGUAAAUGGAAAUACAGAGCGAUUCCCCUUAUGAUAAUGGGAGAUGUGGAUUAGGAUCACAGGCUAGUUCAGGAUUGCAACGUUCUGUAAUGUUGCAUGUAAUGGGAUGCAACAUGUCCCAACAAAAGGCCUCCAACCUACUGUGUUGUGGGUAAAAUGCAGAGCUGUUUUGUGACUGGAAACGGUCACAACUCACUGAUCCUGUCAAGAUGCUGUAAACAUAUUCAAUCUGAACUUUGACUAAAUAAAUUGGUGUUUUGCCUUUCGUCUGAUGGGACACA